CAGAAAAGUGUGACUAAUGAUAAAACGUGAAAAUUGACAAAAAAGUUUUUUUUUGAAGUGAUAUGAAACUUUGUUGUUCCUUUUCUUUUGGGUGUAGUGUCUAAAUGAAUCCGUUAUUUUUUGCGGGGAAUCCGCGGUGCUUUAACGAACUUUUUGUGGUUUAUUUUUUAAUAUGGGCAUUUGUUUAGAUACAGAGCAAAGCGAUGGAUCCCAAGCUUUUGAAGAAGGAAGGGACACUUGGGCCAAGAAUAGCGGUAAAAACGUUCGUGAAGUCGCAACGCCCGCUGAAGGACGAUUUCCUAUGCACAAUAACGCCAAUUUACAAUUUGAAACGCCUAAAGUGCCCGUUAUAUUUGUACUCGGUGGACCUGGAAGUGGGAAGGUAACACAUUGCGACAAUUUAAUGCAAGAAAAAUAUGGAAUUGUACAUAUAAACAUGACGGAUUUGCUUCAACAAUACGCAAUCGGCAACGAUAUGCAAGAUUUUAGUCAAUUAUCAAGUAAAACUGUAACAGAAGUUCUUAUGUUAGAAAUGAAAAUGGCUCCAACGGCAAAAACUUAUUUGGUUUCCGGUUAUCCACGAAAUAUGCGCGAUGUCGUUGAAUAUUCAGAAAAAAUUCAAAUAAUAAACGGUGUUAUUUUGAUUUCUUGGCGACAAAAAGUCUUAGAACGUCAAAUAGAUUACGGCGCGAAAUUGGGACAGGUUGUUUUAUCUUUAGCAAGAAUGGAAUUAAAUAAUUUUUAUAAACAAGUUAUGCCUGUUGCUGAUUAUUUCGAUCAAAAUAAUAUGUUGAUUUCGGUAAACGGCGAACGACAUCCCCAAGAAGUUUACAAAGAUUUUAAAUCGGCCGUUAUGAAGAUAUUGGGAACUCAAGAUAACCCACCGGUGUUUAGUAACGGACCGGAAGCUUCGUUACCAAACGACGUUACAACAACAGAACUUCCUGCUGUUCCAGCAAAAAUAACACAAAUUCGACCAGCAUCUCAAAUUCGACCAGAAACCCAAGUUUUAUCAAUGAACGGAAAUAUUCCUCAUCGACCAACGGAUGCUCCACCAGUUUUAUGGGUUUUAGGUGGACCUGGAAGUAAUAAAGCGAUGUUAUGCGAACAAGCAGCUAAAGAUACCGGAUGGAUGCAUGUUAGCAUGGGUAAAUUACUUCGAAUAGCUGCAGAAGAUAGUGAUAAAAAAGUCGGUGGAAGUGAAGCAAGAACAAUAAAAGAAAGCAUAUCUAAUGGAGAUUUAGUACCAAAUGAUAUCGUAAUGAGGAUGGUUGAAUCACACGUGUUGGGCAACGUUGGUGCUGAAGGUGUAAUUGUUGAUGGAUUUCCAAGAGAUUUAACACAAGCUACAGAAUUUGAAGCUAAAUUUAAACAAAAACCAACUGUUAUCCUGUUGGAUUGUUCAAAACUUCAAUUAGGAAGAGGAAAAUUGGAUGAUAGCAUCACGGCUUUUAGAAGACGAUUAGAAGUUUUUCGUCAAUCCACUUUACCGAUGUUAAAAGCUAUGGAUAAUAUUGGAAGAUUAACUAUAGUAGACGGUGACACAGAAUUUCCACACGUCCAAAACGACUUUAAGCAGGUAGUAAAAGACCACGUAGAUUAUAUAACAGGUAAAGCACCACGUAAAAGUCACGUACCAACGGGAAAUCGGGUCUUAAACGGCUUACCAAACGGAAUUUCCACCACAAACCAUGUGAACGCAACACCAAAUGGUCACGCAAUGUCAAAUGGAACCAUAUCAAACGGCCACAUAGCUAAUGGAGAUACCAUCGUUCAUGAUUUAGAACCGACAGCAAUCGAAACGAUUAGUCACAGUGUUUCUAAUGGUGUUAAAGAAAUAGCUAAUGGUCAUGGACCUAAAAUGGUUAUUGGAGUUGCUAAUGGGGUUUUAAAAAAUAAAUAUGCUGAUUUAGAUGCUGAUAGACAAGAUAAUAUUCGGCAAUUAUAUGGGGGUUUAAAUGCAACAAAUCAUAUAUGAAGACGAGGAUGUUGAGGACUGUUUGGUGAUUUAGAAAUUGUGAUAUUGUCUUUAUUAAGGUUUAUAAUUAGAGUUACAUUACAUAAAAGAUUAUGUAAGAUCGUUGUGCCUUUAAAAAAAAAAUUAAAUGAAAAAUAAACGAACAAAAUUAUAAUUCGAGAAGAAAUAUUGUCAGUAUUUUAGUGGGUAUUUUUAUAUGUUAAGUAAAAAUUAAAAAAAAAGUUAUCAAAAAAAAAAACACUAAUUUUAAAGAAAUGUAUUAAUUAAAUUUAGAUUUUGAGUACAAAAUAGAUUCACUCCGCUGGUCGGAAAUAUUUUUAAGAAUAAUUUUUUGGGGGCCAUAUCAGGACUGGCACUUGACAAGUUGCAAUUUCGAGGUAAUUCGUUUGUAAACCAUGUGCCAAAGAAAAACUUAA